AUGGAGAGGCCGGCUCAUGACAUCAGUCUGGAGGAGUUUGAUGAUGAAGAUUUGUCUGAAAUCACAGAUGAUUGUGGCAUAGGCCUCAACUAUGACUCUGACCCUUACGAAAAGGACUGCUUAAUUCUAGAAAAGAAUGAUUUCCACCACCCAGUGUGCUCAUUCCAAGAUGACUUCCAAGAGUUUGAGAUGAUCGAUGAUGAAGAUGAUGAGGAAGAAGAAGAGGAUGCAGAUCCUGAUGCCCCUCCCUCACCAUCAGCAUCUCCUCCCCCCUCCCCUACUCUGGGCACCCUGAAGAGCCGCCCAACCACUCUGAACCUGACUGCACCAGUUUCCCAGGACUCCCUGAACAACAACAGCAAUGUGUCACCACGAAAGUCAAGCUGGCAGGAUUCUCUUCGAAACCCGACUUCACAGGGUUGCUUAUCUCCAAACCACUCUUGCCUUGAGGAUGGUUCCUGCGUAACUACCACAUGCCCAGGGGCUCCAGACACCACCGGCUCUGCCAAUGGUACACCCUCAAACCCACCAGGACAUUGUGGUCUUCAUCAGUCACCUGGCAGACCGCUGCUGUACGACUUUGAGGGCAACAGAAAAGAACGACCUGAAUAUGGCUCCUUUGGUCAACAUAACUCGUCAAGUGGGUCUGAGGCAACUGAGGUGAAACCUGAUGUUGAGGAAUCCACUCUAAGCGAGCUUGUUCCCUCAGUGGAUGACUGCACUUCUCAGUGCUCCGAUACCGAGGUCGACCACGACCUGAAUGGUCAUACCAAGCGUCGACCUUGCCGCUCUCGACCCAGUGACACUUACACCGUGACUACGGAGACUGCUGAUGACCCAGAGCUGGAAAACGAUGGCACCAGUAGGUGUCUGUCCUCAACCGCACCUCUUGGUAACGAUGCUGAGACUCCGUUAUCAGAUGAGGAGCUGGACAAAGAGUUUGACAUUGACUUCAUAAGUAAAGAUACCUAUGAUCAAACCUGCAAGGAAGAUGAGGCGUCUUCUUACGUUGAGUUCCCCUGCAUUGAACCAGCUGAGUCCAUUUUUGUCUCCAGCUACGUGUCGUCCAGUCGAUCAGACGUCCUUGACGCUAUGGACGAACUUCGAAACAUGCGUCAGGGUCAACCUGCUGCAAAUGACACAACUUCUCCUUCAUCUGAUCCUGGUAUCGCUGAUAUGAAUGCCAAACACUAUGCGGCGUCAGACCGCCACAGCGAUGACCUUAGCUCUCCUGGAUCAGACUCUGAUAUUGAAGGGGAACUUGAGGCUGCGUUUGCAUGUGGUCCACUUGCUAGUAACAUGAUUUCCUCCAUCUCAGAGACAGAGCUGAUCUCUGACACCAUCUCACCCUCGUCGGACUUGGAAACAGAUACUUUCAAUGAGACGGAUGGCUGCAAUUCACAAAAGCAGAAAUCGGAAGAAAAGUCACAGGAGGUGACCUCUGAAACGUCAGAGAAGAGACUGGACGAAGAGAAGGAGAGAGAAGCUAGCUAUGUAUCUGAAGAGGGACAGAAGGAAAACAAGAGAACGGACACUUGUCUGUACAUGAGCAACCCCACAUAUGGCAAUGCUACACCCGUCUUUACAGAGAGAUUUGAUACGAGGACAAAGAAUUAUGAAUCGGAGGACUUUCCAUCCCAGAACUCAUUAAAAAACAAGCAGAAAGAAGAAGAGGAGGAGCCAAAUAAUGACUUGAUGAUGGAGAGAAUGAAGGAGCUGGAGUCUCCCAGUCUGAGCGAGAGCAUAAUCAGCGACAAAGACGAGGGACGGGAGACACGGGUCGAUCAGAUCACUUUGCAGCGAAUCACAGAAGUCAAAAACAGCCUUACGCUGGACCUCCCAACAGCACAGACCAAUCACUGUUUCAGUCUUACGUACUCAACAGAUAACGAUGAAGAUGAGCAAGAUACCUCCCCUUUCCUGGAGGAUCUUCACAAGGUACCGUCACCCUACGGAAACGAGACUUACUUGGACAGCUCCCCACCUAUUGAUGAGAGUGUGCGAGAGUUGAGGAACACAACCUCCGACCGGCCCAUCGAUGACUCCUUGGCAUACGAUUCAAUGAAGUACACCCUAGUGGUGGAUGAAAACACAACGCUUGAGCUGGUGAGCCUGAAGCGCUGUACCUCUGUUCUUAGCGAGGACAGUGAUGGACUCUCUACUAUUUCUCCUCUGAAGAAGACUCCUCCCCUGAGGCGGAUUUACCUUUCUCAAAGAAGUUCCUCAAUGUGUUUGUCAACGUUUGCAUGUGGUCCACUUGCUAGUAACAUGAUUUCCUCCAUCUCAGAGACAGAGCUGGACCUGACCAGUGAAUCCAGCAGCGGGCGCUCUUCGCACCUCACCAAUUCCAUUGAAGAAGCUAGCUCCCCAACCUCAGACCAAGAACUGGACCAGGAGCUGGACCCUGAACAGGACAGCGGUAUUGUAGGUCUAAAAGCUUCUCUUCUUCUGGGCCAAUCUGAGCCAAUUAAACAAGAACCUUCACCAGGUCUAGACCCCAGCCCAGACAUGUUACAACUAGAUGAUGGCCAAGCUCUGAUGGGCCUGCAGAAUGUAGAUGACGAACAGGGUUAUGAGCACCAGGCCGAUCCAGAUGAGACUCUUCCCCCUGCCAUCCCCUGUGAGGAUAGCGGCUCCCAGCAGCUGUUGUUGAAGAUUGAGCCUGACCACAGUCUUGAGAGCUUCAAACGCUCCUUCUAUUUGCCGGUUGGCCCCAAACUCAUGCCCUCUGUGGACGACUAUGAUGGUAACAGUGAGGGAGAGUCCGAGUCAGAGUCCGAAGAUGAGCUCAGUGAAAACUCUGAUUCUCCUUGGCUUCUCAGCAACCUGGUCAACAGGAUGAUCUCAGAAGGCUCCUACCCAAUCAGCUGCCCAGAAGAGUGCCUCAAACGCUCAGCCUCGAUCUCUGACACCAUCUCACCCUCGUCGGACUUGGAAACAGAUACUUUCAAUGAGACGGAUGGCUGCAAUUCACAAAAGCAGAAAUCGGAAGAAAAGUCACAGGAGGUGACCUCUGAAACGUCAGAGAAGAGACUGGACGAAGAGAAGGAGAGAGAAGCUAGCUAUGUAUCUGAAGAGGGACAGAAGGAAAACAAGAGAACGGACACUUGUCUGUACAUGAGCAACCCCACAUAUGGCAAUGCUACACCCGUCUUUACAGAGAGAUUUGAUACGGGCCAGAUGGAAAGAGGCAUGAGACCUGAUUUGCUGUUAAGCUCCUCUGAAGAAGACUCCUCCCCUGAGGCGGAUUUACCUUUCUCAAAGAAGUUCCUCAAUGUGUUUGUCAACAGCACGUCACGGUCCUCCAGCACAGAGUCCUUUGGGCUUUUCUCAUGCACUAUAAAUGGAGAAGAAAGAGACCAGACUCACAGAGCGGUCUUCAGGUUCAUCCCACGACAUGCAGAUGAGCUGGAGUUAGACAUUGAUGAUCCAUUAUUCGUUGAGGAAGAGGAGGAUGAUUACUGGUACCGUGGGUAUAACAUGCGCACAGGGGCCAGAGGGAUUUUCCCAGCAUACUACGCCCACGAGGUUGUUGGCCAAACAAAAGAUCUGAUGACGAUGAAGAGGAACCCUGCUUGGAUGGAAAGCUUCCGAGUGCAGUUCCUGGGUUCGGUGGAAGUUCCUUAUCACCAAGGCAAUGGCAUCCUGUGUGCUGCCAUGCAGAAGAUCGCUAUGGCAAGGAAGAGGACGGUGCAUCUUCAUCCCCCAUCUAUUUGUGAGCUGGAAAUAUGCCUGCAGGGUGUGAAACUAGUCAUGAGUUUGGAUGAUGAGUAUGACUUUUCAGGGGAGGUAAGAGAGAGAGAAAAAGAGAAACGGGCGUUCCAGGAGUACUACCAAGAGCACUUAGAAUACGCCUGUCCUACCGAAGAUAUCUACCUUGAGUAA